GCAGCUAACGCCUUGACUGCAGAUACCAGUAACUGAGAGUAGAAUUUGGGAUGACUGUACUCAUUUCUGGAGGAUGUGUGGCUUAUGUUUUGUCAUUUAACUGGACACCCAAACAGACUCUGCAAGAUUUCACACUGCCUGAAACACAAUCUGAUCAUUCUUCUGAAAAGCCAAAAGCUAGUCAACUUGCUAUCACAGAAGGUUCAAAACAAAUGAGCUCAACUAGUAAGCCAUCAGAUAAGCCAAAACCAGCAGCUGCACACAAGUCAACAGACUCAAGCAAGGACAAGUCCGCAUCUAGCCAUUCAACAAAACCAACUGGAGCCACUGGAGGGAAACAGCAACAACCACAAAGCACAAUGGGCCUGGGAUGGAGCAGGUCUGCCCCAGUGGAUACAAAGGAAAAGUCUCCCACAAAAUCCAUGCCAGAAGCUUCAGUUCACAAGACUACAGAGCCAAAGCUUCAGGAUAAAAAACCCAUGUUGAGUGCUGUGGACCAGCUUGUGGACACACUUCCAUCACAAGGACCAGAUCCUUCUAUUCCUAAAUAUACUGGGCCGGAGGUUAAGGAAUCCAGUGAUUCCAAGAAAAAGGCUGAGCGUGUUGGAGAAACAGAAGAAUCAAUACCUCCUGAGUACAGAUUUACAGAGCCAUCUGAUCCCAAGGAUCAAGGUAAAAAGGGUCCUUCACCCACACAUCCAGAAACAAAGCCAAAGGGUAUAUCUGAAGGUGACGCCCUGGAUUCUCUGUCAGCAGACUUUGGCCUCGGCUCUGCAGCUCCGAUUUCAAAAUGUUCAGCUGCAACCUCUCAUUCUGUAGCUCCACCGCCUGUGCUGAAGGAGGCACCUUCAAAAGCUUCAUCGGCUGUGUCGGCAAGUAAAAGUGCUACAAAGGGUGAAGAUCCAUUUGACCUGCUCGCAGGAACACUUCCAUCAGAAGCACCAGAUGAUUCAGGUCCAAAAUAUACUGGUCCUGAGGUGAAGGAAUCAGAUGUUACUAAGAAGAAAGCUGAGCGAGUGGGAGAAACUGAAGGAUCUAUACCCCCUGAUUACAGAUUUAAAGAACAACCUGAUCCUAAGGGCAAAGAUAAAGUGGCCUCUUCCUCCACUGGUCCAGGAGUAAAACCACAGGAAAAAGAGAAGGGUACAACAGAAGAUGAUGUCCUGGAGUCUCUGUCAGCAGACUUUGACCUUAGCUCGUCAGCUCCAAUUUCGAAAUGCUCGGCUGUGACCUCUCACUCUGCAGUUCCACUGUCAGUGCAGAAGCAGGGUGAAGAUCCAUUUGACCUGCUCGCAGGAACACUUCCAUCUGAAGCACCAGACAAUUCGGGUCCAAAAUACACUGGUCCUGAGGUGAAGGAAUCGGAUGCUAAGAAGAAGAAGGCUGAACGAGUGGGAGAAACUGAGGAAUCAAUACCCCCUGAUUACAGAUUCAAAGAACAACCAGACGCUAAGGAUAAAGCUAAAGGGGGUCCUUCAUCCACUGGGCCAGGAGCAAGACCAAAGGUCACAGAGAAGUGUAUGACACAAAGUGAUGUCAUAACGUCCCUGUCGGCAGACUUUGCCCACAGCUCGCCGGCUCCAAUUUCAAAAUGCUCAGCCUCAAGUUCUCACUCUGCACCUCCACCGCCUUCACUGAAGCAGGCACCUCUGAAAGCUGCUUCAGCUGCCUCCGUUUCAGAAAGUAAAAGUGGUGCUAAGGAUAAGGAUCCACUUGAUCUGCUGGCAGAAACACUUCCAUCUGAAGCACCAGACAAUUCAGCUUCAAAAUACACUGGUCCUGCAGUGAAGGAAUCAGAUGCUGAAAAGAAGAAGGCUGAACGAGUGGGAGAAACUGAAGAAUCAAUACCCCCUGAUUACAGAUUUAAGGAACAACCUGAUCCUAAGGAUAAAGGUAAAGUGACCUCUUCUUCCACUGGCCCAGGAGCAAAACCAAAAAGAACAGAGAAGAAAAUGACAGAAGAUGAUGUCCUGGAUUCUUUGGACUUUGUCCAAAGUUCUCCAGCUCCAAUUUCAAAAUGCUCAGCUGCAGCAUCUCAUUCAGCACCACCACCACCUUCACUGAAGCAGGCACCUCUGAAAGCUUCCACAGCUGCCACAGUUUCUGCGGAUAGAAGGGAUGUGAAGGGUGAAGAUCCGUUUGACCUGCUGGCAGGAACACUUCCAACACAAGCACCAGAUGAUUCAGGUCCAAAAUACACUGGUCCUGAAGUGAAGGAAGCAGAUGUUACUAAGAAGAAAGCUGAGCGAGUGGGAGAGACUGAAGGAUCUAUACCGCCUGAUUACAGAUUUAAAGAACAACCUGAUCCUAAGGAUAAAGGUAAAGUGGCUUUGUCAUCUUCUGGUCCAGGAGCAAAACCCAAAGAAACAGAGAAGAAAAUGACAGAUGAUGAUGUCCUGGAGUCACUGUCAGCAGAUUUUGUCCACAGCUCUCCAGCUCCAAUUUCAAAAUGCUUCGCUCCAACGUCUCACUCGGCAGCUCUACCAUCUGUGCCAAAGGAGGCACCUUUGAAAGCUUCGACAGCUGCCCCAGUUUCUGCGAGUCAGACUGGCACCAAGGAUGAAGACCCAUUUGACCUGCUGGCGGGAACACUUCCAUCACAAGCACCGGACAAUUCAAGUCCAAAAUACACUGGUCCUGAGGUGAAGGAAUCGGAUGCUAAGAAGAAGAAGGCUGAACGAGUAGGAGAAACUGAAGAAUCUAUACCCCCUGAUUACAGAUUCAAAGAACAACCAGAUCAUAAGGAUAAAGGUAAAGGGCCCUCUUCCUCCACUGGUCCAGGAGGAAAACCAAGGGAAACAGAAAAAUGUACCUCAGAAGUUGACGCCCUGGAUACUUUGUCAGCAGACUUUGGCCUUAGCUCCCAAGCUGUGAUUUCAAAAUGCUCAGCUGCAACCUCUCACUCGGCAGCUCCACCAUUUGUGCCAAAGGAGGUACCUCUGAAAGCUUCAACAGCUGCCUCCGUGUCUGCAAGUCAAGGUGAUACUAAGGGUGAAGAUCCAUUUGACCUCUUGGCAGAAACAUUGCCAACAGAAGCACCAGACAAUUCUGCUCCCAGAUACACUGGCCCCGAAGUGAAGGAAGCAGAUGUUACUAAGAAGAAGGUUGAGCGAGUGGGAGAAACUGAAGGAUCUAUACCCCCUGAUUACAGAUUUAAAGAACAACCUGAUUUGAAGGACAAAGAUAAAAUUGCCCCUUCAUCUACUGGACCAGGAACAAAACCAAAGUCUAUUUCAGAAGAUGAUGUCAUGGAGUCACUGUCUGCAGACUUUAUCCAAAGAUCUCCAGCUCCAGUUUCAAAAUGCUCAGCUCCAACUUCUCAAUGUGCAGCUCCACCACCUUCGCUGAAGCAGGCACCUCUGAAAGCUUCGACAGCUGCCCCUGUUUCUGCAAGUCUGAGUGGUACUAAGGGUGAAGAUCCAGUUGGAUUGCUUGCUGCAACACUUCCAUCUGAAGCACCAGACAAUUCAGGUCCCAAGUACAGUGGCCCUGCUGUGAAGGAAACUGAUCAUUCCAAGAAGAAGCCUGAGCUUGUUGGAGAGACUGAAGAAUCUAUCCCCCCUGACUACAGAUUUACAGAACAACCUGAUCCUAAGGAUAAAGGCAAACAGGCCUCUUCCUCCUCUGGUCCAGGAGCAAAACCAAAGGCCACAGAGAAGUUACCGUCAGAGGCUGAGCUAAUAGAAAGUAUGGCAUCAGAGUUUGACUCUUCUUCAGCUUCACAUUCUGGGACACAGAUCUCCAAGCAGAAGGAGGCGGGCCAUAAUACUGCAAGUGUUAGCAAGACGAGUUCAGCACCCAAAAUCAGUGACGUAGGACCAAAAUCGCCAAAGGUACAGACAGUGUUGGAGCGCGACGAUCACCAGCUAUGGUUAUUGGUUUGUACAGCGAGAAGAGUCAAUUCUCUCGUAGCCCACAAGUCAUUUUAUUAAUAUCAUUAGAUGAUACACAUGUAGCUUAUACAUUUCUUAGCAUAAGCCAAAAGCUAAACAUCUAUUUGCAUACCAGCUAGGGUCCUCUGACACACCCCGAGUAGUCCCAGAAUAUAAAAGCUAAUACUUGGGCAGGAUUGCUGCUGAUGCUGAUUGAGGACUGAUGCUGGCCAGGUGUUCCGUUUCCACCACCCCCUCUCCCCCCGCCUCCCCAACCGAUGUUAUCACCACGUUCUUGAUGUAGGGUUCCGUUCUGCAAAGGUUAGUCUCUGGAGUUUUCAUGUCCAAGAGUUAUCUUAUUCAUUUCCCUUAUCUCUUUCAAACUAUACUGUCUCUUCCCCCUUCGGCUCAAACCCAUUCACUUAUCGCAUGCCUUUUCCUUAUUAGCCCUGGCCCAGGGACUUAGGUAGCUUUACUUCAUUACUCCUCGUCCAAAUAAGGCUUUGGCAUUACCUCAUUUUCCUUACUUCUUGCAGAACUUAGGUAGUUCAAACUGGUUUCAGUCAGCUCAACCAGCAUCUAGAUUCAGGUCAUUUCUAGUUCACGAGUCGCUUCUUCCUGUGUGUCAGCAACUUUGCAUUCAGUAUCUCCUGGUAAUGUAGCAGCAACUUUUACUUCUCUUUCUGCAGCCCCUGGCUAACAACAGUAUGAGCAGAAAUAAGCAGAGAAUGUUGAAGAAACUUAGCAGGUCUGGUAGCAUCUGUGAAGAGAGAAACAGAAUUAACAUUUUAAACACAGUAUGACUCUUCUUCAGAACCAAUUCAGAACAGCAUUGUGUUUGUUUUGAAUUUUCAGCAUUGCAGUAUUUUGCUGGUAUGUGAGUAGGAAUACUUCGAUGUGAAAUCUAAAACCAUGCUUAACUUAGUACCUGAAGUUAUCACUUGAUGAAAGAGGGUCUUGUAACAGUGAAUCAGUUAUAUUGAAGAAUUACAUAUUAAAUAUCCAGAAACACAAGCUUUUGGACCCAUCAUUGGAAAGUUUAUGCAUGCCAACAAAAUAGAAUGUACCUAUUCCGGAGUUUGCUGAAUGACUGGUCUGUAUUAAGAGACAACAAGGUGCAGGGCUG